CUGUGUUUGACAGGUGUUUGUUUUUUUUUUAUAACCCCUCGACUCGAAAUGGAUUUUGUAAACAAUUCCACUAAAUUCGCUUAUAUUAUUGCAAAUCCCAGUGAAAAUGCAUCGCAAAAUAAUUCACAGAGAACUAAACAAAUUGAAGAUGUAAAUCUGCAAAUUGGUAAAAAUUUAGCCGAUGAUAUCAAAGUGAUAAAAAAUAAUUUUUCAUCGAAAGAGACAGAAGAGGAAUUUCCCGAGGAAAUGGUUGGAAAAUUGCAUAAAAUUUGCAGAUGUUGUUUAGCCGAAGAUGUUAAAUUGCGUGAUAUUUAUGAUGAAAAUGAAAGGAUUGCUGAAAUGCUCAUGAAUUUCGCGCAAAUCCAGAUAUCUCCGGAGGAUAUAUUGCCACCUGUAAUCUGCAUCAAUUGCUGUGUUCAAAUAGAGCGUGUUUAUGAAUUUAAGAAUCAAAUUGAGAUGGCAGAAUCAACUCUGAGACAACUUGUAAAUGCCAACUCUUAUCAAGUAGAACAAUCUUAUGAGAAACCGGAGGAUGUGCCGGAAGCCACUGAAACUCAAAUAAGCGAAGAAUCAAACAGUUCAGCCAAUGAAUUUCCAGACAAUGGAGAAGAAAGUGUCCUUCGCUGUACUCCGCAGGAAGUAACACGACAGGAAGUGGAGGUUAUCAAAUUAUCCAGUAAAACCAAGCAAGAACAAGCAAUAAUUUGUGAUAGAAAAGAUGAAAAUCAGGAACAACAGACCAUAACUAAAGAGACCUGUGAUGAAGAGAGAAAUGAAAAAUUUGCAAAUUCAUCUGAAGAGACUGAAGAAGGAUCCAUAAACUGCCCAAAGGAUCUCUCAUGCUACAUUUGCAAUGAAGGUUUCACUGAUAAAAAUGAAUUUAAACAACAUUUCAAAAAUCAUACUGAGAAGAACCAAGACAACAAUUUACCAUACAAAUGUACCGAAUGCAAUGAAUCAUUUCGUAUUGAAAGUGAUUUACAAAUUCACAAUUCCCUCCAUGCUAAAGAUGGCAAGAAACAGUGUUCAUUCUGUAAAAAGGAAGUUACAACUACAAUUCAACUAAAGAGGCAUAUAAAGACACAUUUUAAAGAUAAACCCCAUAAAUGUAAGAUUUGUGAUAAGGGAUUCCCAGAGAUGGGAAGCUUAACGCGACAUUUGCGCUCACACAGUGGACAGCAGCGGAUGAAAAAACACUUAUGUACGGUGUGUGGAAAGGGCUAUUACGACGCCUAUUCGCUUUCUGUGCACACGAGAAAUCACACAGGCGAACGUCCAUGUAUUUGCAGUAUUUGCGGCAAAACCUUCAUUGAUUGUCGAUUACUAAAUUCCCACAUGAAGAUCCACAGUGAGAUCAAACCGCAUAAAUGUUCAGUAUGUCAGAGAACUUUUACCCACCAGAGUACCCUUACAACCCACCUCCGUACGCACACGGGUGAAAAACCCUACGUGUGCACCGUUUGUGGGAAAUCCUUCAUUCAAUCGUCCAAUAUGUCCCUCCACAUGAGGACCCACAGCGGUGUUAAGCCCUACAAAUGCGAAACGUGUGGGCGAGCCUUUGCAAGCUCAUCCACCUUGAUAACGCACAAUCGGAUCCACACGGGUGAGAAGCCGUACAAGUGUGGCAUGUGCGGAAAGGCAUUUGCCAGACUUGAUCUAAAGGCGCACAUCCGGACGCACACGGGUGAGAAACCAUUCCAAUGUUCCGGGUUGAAUUGCCACAAGAAAUUCACAACAAGAGGACAACUCAAUCAGCACAUGCGAAUUCACAGAGAAGAAAGAUCAUUUGUGUGCAAAAUUUGCCAGAAGCGUUGCUAUUCCUCCGGGAAUCUCAAGAGUCACAUGAAAACGCAUGAAAAUUUAGAGAACGUCCAGAUAAAUGAAUCAAUUCUCAGCAAUGCAAUUCCAAAUGAAGUUAUAAUUUAUGCAAAAAAUGACCUAAAUCCCCUGAUAGUGCAGGAAAUUGACAUCACGGGAGAAGAAGCUGCAGGACAGGAUAGAAAAUCAAAUAUAGUUAAUUUUCAAGUUCAAGGGAUACCAGAAGAUGGUAACCGGCAAUGUAGUAGUCAAUUGUCGUCAGAGAGUUCAGAAACAACCACAAAGUACAUUGUGAGCAAUGUAAUUCAAGUGCCAUUCUUUAUAAAUUCAUCCGAUUGCCAAAAUGUGGAUGAAAUUAUUUAGCUCAUUUCAUCACCAGAGGUUUCAAUUUUUAUGCUAAAUAAAGGACUUUUUGCAAUAAAA